GGACUCACGGCCGGGGAGGGAAAGGCACUGUGAGGACAGAGGGUCUAGGGAAGGUCUGCAAAUCCCGGAGGGCCAAGGGAGCGUCUAAAUGGACAGCGGAACCGGAAAAGCUUUGAGAGAAAGAUGCGUGUAUUAGGGAACGUCUGCAAAGACCGCGGCAGAAGGCCAGGGAUUGUCUUAAAAAAUUGCCGAGCAGAUAAAGGGAGGUCUAAAAGGAGGCCGUCUCAAGAGCAAGGCUUCGAAAAGCUAAGCCCGGAAGGACGGUGUGGAGGCCUACUGGGACGCCGAGCACUCCUUAGGGCAGGACCGACUGGAGCUGCAGCCAGCGACAGGAGAACGGCUCCAGCUCGACGGGGGAAGCAGUGGGCUUAAAGAGGAAGCCCCUGGGCACUGUCUGAAAAGUGCGAUGCCAAAUGAUCUUUAGGGACCGACAGUAAAUUGUAUCCCUUGCUAAAAUACCUCUCGGUAGCGAACCACCAAUCGUUUCUUUUUUAAGCCCCGCCUCUCAGCCAUUACGUCUAGUUCGGCUGUCUCUGAUCCAGGAAGUUGUCAGUUCCCACUUACUCCUCCCCAACAAGAGCUAACAGCCCUCUUCGGGUGAGCACUUUCUCCUCCCCUCAGGCCCCUCGCGCAUUCUCCCGCUUACCUAUCAAUCAUCGCGCUCCGCUGUCCAGUUGGCGGGCCAAGGGGGCGGGGCCGUCGUGUGACGUUUGCAGCCCGCCGGCCGGGAAGCCGCGAGAUGCGUGACGAGCCAGGCGCGUGACGGAGCAGCGGUUGGCCAACGCAGUGGCUGCAGUCGGUGUAAACAAGGCCUCGCGCCGCUGCGGGUCCUGCGACCGCUCCUGGCUGGUGGGUGGUCUCUCGUGGGGCAGUAACCGCCGGCUUCAGUGGGAGGUGCUUCUCGGCUUCCUCCCCCUCUUGGCGUACACACCCCCGGCGCACCACGUGGGCGUGAGGCAAGGAAGGAGGGGUGUUAGGCCAAAUUCUAUUUUCAUUGGUUGUUAUUGCUGCCGGCUUUCGUAAGGAGGCGCUCUGAUUGGUCGGUAAGGGGGGGUGCCGAGGGUCUUUGAGUCGUAAGGCUUCUCAUUGGUUAGAUGAGAUAAGCUAGUGAAGCGCUUUCUUCCGCGAGGGAUUUCGAUUGGUCUGUCAGAGAGGUUACCUGGGAAUCCUACACCGCCCAACACCCCUCCCGCUCCCCUGUCCAGGGACUGCGAUAGGAUUGGGGAAGGUUUGUGUUCCCGACGCCUUGGUAGUUGGCAUAGGCUAAAGCAAAGGGAUCUCAGCCCCGAGGAAGGGUCACCCUCCUAGAGAUAGCUACUACCCCGUCUCAGGAGACCCUGGUAUUUCUAGAGCACGCUUUGCUUUCACCAAACCCAAGGAGGUGACAGGCGGAGCCCUCGCACAGUACCUAAGGAUGCUGUGACCAGAAGAUGGGAUCACGGAACAGCAGCAGUGCAGGAUCCGGGUCCGGAGACCCCUCCGAGGGCUUGUCCCGAAGAGGGGCUGGCCUGCGUCGGAGUGAGGAAGAGGAAGAAGAGGAUGAAGAUGUGGAUCUGGCCCAGGUACUGGCCUAUCUCCUCCGCAGAGGCCAAGUGAGGUUGGUGCAGGGAGGAGGUGCAGCAAAUUUACAAUUCAUUCAGGCCCUCUUGGACUCAGAGGAAGAGAAUGACAGAGCUUGGGAUGGUCGUCUUGGGGAUCGAUACAACCCACCCGUGGAUGCUACCCCUGACACCCGGGAGCUGGAAUGCAAUGAGAUCAAGACACAAGUGGAACUGGCCACAGGGCAGCUGGGGCUUAGGCGGGCCGCCCAGGAGCACAGCUUUCCUCGAAUGUUGCACCAGAGAGAACGGGGCCUCUGCCACCGGGGAAGCUUCUCCCUUGGAGAACAGUCUCGAGUGAUAUCUCACUUCUUGCCCAAUGAUCUGGGCUUCACUGAUAGCUACUCUCAGAAGGCUUUCUGUGGCAUCUACAGCAAAGAUGGUCAAAUAUUCAUGUCUGCUUGCCAAGACCAGACAAUCCGACUGUAUGACUGCCGGUAUGGCCGUUUCCGUAAAUUCAAGAGCAUCAAGGCCCGCGACGUAGGCUGGAGCGUCUUGGAUGUGGCCUUCACACCCGAUGGGAACCACUUCCUCUACUCCAGCUGGUCUGAUUACAUUCAUAUCUGCAAUAUCUAUGGUGAGGGAGAUACACACACUGCCCUGGAUCUCAGGCCAGAUGAGCGUCGCUUUGCUGUCUUCUCCAUUGCUGUGUCCUCAGAUGGACGAGAAGUACUAGGAGGGGCCAAUGAUGGCUGCCUGUAUGUCUUUGACCGAGAACAGAACCGGCGCACCCUUCAGAUUGAGUCCCAUGAGGAUGACGUGAAUGCAGUGGCCUUUGCUGAUAUAAGCUCCCAAAUCCUGUUCUCUGGGGGAGACGAUGCCAUCUGCAAAGUGUGGGAUCGACGCACCAUGCGGGAGGAUGACCCCAAGCCUGUGGGUGCACUGGCUGGACACCAGGAUGGCAUCACCUUCAUUGACAGCAAGGGUGAUGCUCGAUAUCUCAUCUCCAACUCUAAAGACCAGACCAUCAAACUCUGGGAUAUCCGACGCUUUUCCAGCCGGGAAGGCAUGGAAGCCUCACGCCAGGCUGCCACACAGCAAAACUGGGACUAUCGCUGGCAGCAAGUGCCCAAAAAAGCCUGGCGGAAGCUGAAGCUCCCAGGGGACAGCUCCUUGAUGACCUACCGGGGCCACGGAGUGCUGCACACCCUCAUCCGCUGCCGGUUCUCCCCCAUUCAUAGCACCGGCCAGCAGUUCAUCUAUAGUGGCUGCUCCACCGGCAAAGUGGUUGUGUACGACCUUCUCAGUGGCCACAUUGUGAAGAAGCUGACGAACCACAAGGCCUGUGUGCGUGAUGUCAGUUGGCACCCCUUUGAAGAGAAGAUUGUCAGCAGUUCGUGGGACGGGAACCUGCGUCUGUGGCAGUACCGCCAGGCUGAGUACUUCCAGGAUGACAUGCCAGAAUCCGAGGAAUGUGCCAGCGCCCCUGCCCCAGUGCCCCACUCCUCUACAGCCUUUUCCUCACCCCAGUAGAUCUGACCUCCAGCCCCAUACAGGGUAAACCUCUUGAUAAGCUCUCUGCCUCCUCCUCCCUUUCUCCCUUGUGGGGAAUGUUUGGAGGAAUCACUGGCAUUGGAUGGGGAGAAACAGAAGCCUGGGCUCUGAGCCUCAGCUGAGCCCUGGAAGAUCCUCCCCAUGGGGCAGAGUGGUCUUACAUGCUCACACCCAGUCAGCCUGGGUCCCUAUCUCUGGCCAGAGUUUGGCAGGACUGCCAUUAUCUGGGGUGUGGCCUCUGCCAGCAAGAGAAGUAUCCUGGGUGUUUUUAAUCAUGUUUGAAUGUUAGGGGUUGGAUUCUAGAGUAGAUGUCUGAGGCCACAUCUGAACAGACCUGUCAGCCAGGCCUGUUGCUCAGGUCUUCACGUUGAGGAUUCAACUGGCCAAACACAGGACAGGUGUCCUGGCCUUUCUUCCUGAGGUCUCUAGGGGAGGGGCAUGGGUAAGGGUGUUUCCUCAGCACCCUCCUGGGGUGGGGAUUAUGUCUGCUCUUAUGUCUGGGUCUUUGGGGUAGGACGGGCUGUGGUAUGAGAGGUAGGAGUCUCCACAGGGCUCUGUGUGGCCCCUCAUAGGGCAGGUCCUGCCCUCUGAGAAGGUCCCUUCAUGCUCGAGGCACACAGCUUUAAGGAAGUAGGUUGAAGUAGGACUCCUUUGUCCUCUCACUGGCUUUGGCUCCCUCAAUAAACUGCGUGGGAACCUG